GCUAUGGUAAGAGGAAAAUGGAUGAAUUGAAAGUGGAGGAAUGUUGUACUGAGAAUAAGCAAUCAGCUGUUGCUUCGAGCUCAUCGGUUUCUGAAAAUAGUGGUAGUGUUACUUUAAGGUCACCGGCAGUAUCUAGCCCAACUCCUACAUCACCAAUUCACAGGAGAACCACUGGUCCAAUUAGGCGAGCAAAGGGUGGUUGGACUCCUGAGGAGGAUGAUACUUUGAAAAGGGCUGUUUCAGUUUACAGAGGGAAAUGUUGGAAGAAAAUAGCUGAGUUUUUCCCGGAUAGAUCAGAAGUGCAAUGUCUGCAUCGCUGGCAGAAGGUUCUCAAUCCAGAACUUGUUAAAGGACCCUGGACUCAGGAGGAGGAUGAUAAGAUUAUUGAACUGGUCGCUAAGUAUGGGCCUAUAAAAUGGUCUGUCAUAGCUAAAGCGUUGCCUGGUCGAAUAGGGAAGCAAUGCCGUGAGAGAUGGCACAAUCAUUUGAAUCCCAAUAUCAGAAAAGAUGCUUGGACACUGGAGGAGGAACGAGCACUCGUAGAAGCGCAUCGGAUCCAUGGUAACAAGUGGGCUGAAAUUGCUAAAGUUUUGCCUGGAAGGACUGAUAAUGGAAUCAAGAAUCAUUGGAAUAGCUCUUUGAGGAAAAAGUUAGACUUUUAUUUAGCUACUGGAAACCUUCCACCUGCUACUAGGGACGGCCUUCAAAAUGGAACAACUAAAGCCGAAGAGUUACUAGUUUGCUCAAAUAAAACAUCAGAAGCUGCUGAAGUAGCAGAAAUCAGUGCUUCAAAUGGAGGUCCUCAAACUGAGUCCACUGAUUCUGAAGUCGUCAGGUUGGAAGCUCAAUCACCAGAAGUAAAUGCAAUUCAACACAUCAAACCAAGUACAGAAUCAGAAAACAGGCAGAGAGUAGAUAGUGAAGUAGAUCGAUUAAAAGUUUUUGAAGCGCUGUUUCCUUGUGAAAUCCCUACAUGUGGUACGUUAUACUAUGAACCACCAAGUUCAGAAAGUCGUACUCCACUGGAUUCAGAUCUUCUAAAUAUCCGCUGGGCGGCACAAUGUGAAUCCGAUGCAAGUCCAAGCCCAUCCGCAAACGGUUUCUUCACUCCACCUAGUACAAAGGGUAGUAGCCGAUGUGCACAAACUCCUGAAUCUGUACUGAGAAUUGCUGCUAGAAGCUUCCCAAAUACGCCUUCCAUAUUAAGGAAGAGGAAACUUUUGACGCCAACUAAUAAUAAAAUGGGGAAGGCAGAUGGAGAUUUCUGCAAGGACAAACCUACUGAUGCGUGUGACGAGAUCCAAGUCGACAGCUCAGAGAAAUCUAGCAUGCAUAAUGGAGUUCUUUCUAGAAAUUCUUCCAAUGAUAUUGGUCUGUGCAACGGUCAAGCAUUUAAUGCCUCUCCUCCCUAUCGAAUAAGGUCUAAACGAACAUCUAUCUUCAAGUCUGUGGAGAAGCAGCUUCAGUUUGCAUUCAACAACGAGAAGCAUGGGACAACUGCUAAUGAUAUAUCACAGGCAGCCAAGAAGGAUACAGAUAAGGAGGUGGAAUAAACGCUGACGACUCGCGAUUUCUAACAUUGGCUGCUAAUUCGCAUGGAAUGGAGGUUCAGAGGCAAUCAGUAAACAUCAGAAGAAAUUUUAGACACGUCUUGAAACGUCAAAGGACUCGAUCUUCCAGAUACAGUUUUGUUAAUUGUUAGGUGCACAAAGAUCUCUUAGCUUGCAUCGGUUAUGUGCAGGUUAUUGGCUAUUGGUUAUUCAUAGAUGUUACAGGAGAUUUCUAUUGUACGUUGAAAAAUUGUUAUAGCUGCAAUUGGUUUGUACAGAAGUGCUUGAAAUAGGUAUGUGGAAUAGUUUUACAUUGAAAAUAGUUGCUUAAUAAGAGCAGUUGUUUAGUUACUUGGUAUAUCAUAGUUCAUACCAUUUAGAAAAUAAGAGGGUUUCAGGUAAGCUUAUAAGUUUGUCAUACUAGCUUAUAAACAUUUUUUAAAACUU